UCGCUUUGCUGACGUUUCCUAGUGGCUCCCAGUAAAGAUGGCCGCCUCCUGGGUAUUUGCUGCUGGCUUUCUCUUAGCUGGGGUCUAUGGGCAUGAAACAGCCAACACAGAAGAGUUUGACGUGAGACCCGGGGGCCUGGAGCACAGCUUUAGUCUCAGCCUGGGUGACUACUCCUGCACCUUCACAUAUGUGGCUCAGGGUGGCACUAAUGAGAAAUGGAAAAUGAGUGUGGGAGUGAGUGAAGAUAAUCAGCUUUUUUCCUGCUCAAUCUGGAGGCCUCAGGGAAGCUCUUAUUUGUUCUUCAUGCAAUUCAAAGCCAUCGUAACUGGAGGGAAAAUUGAGUUCAGUGAGGCCUAUUCUCAGACAUCAGCUGAUGGUGUUCGAGAUGUUCCAUUAAAGAAAUCAGAGUAUGACAUAAGUGAGACAGCGGUAUCUAACAUACCUGGAGCAUUCUCUUCCACACUGUCUAAGCUGGUACUUGUGGCCCGAUCUACACAUGACGAGUUGUGAAUAAAAGAUGGUGUAAAGGGUUCAUGUAAUCUGUACAUUCCAUACUGCCUUGCACUGUGCUAAUGGAGUCUGUAGGCUGAAUGGGGUUGUAGCUAUCUCUUCCAGUGAAGGUGUUGACUGUUAUGGUUAAGGAAUCAGUGGUGACCAUUGAGAUGUUGGGUCCAAAAUACUUUGUAGCAGGAAAUAAAACUUUUAAAUUAA